AUGUCCGAUCCAUCACCUCACGCGGUUUUGACGCUGCCCGUGGACAUUCCACGCAUCACGUCUACAAGCGAAAACUCGGAUCUCAAUUACUUCGGCCCAGUUAAUGACGAACUUCCUAUCGAGGCGUCCAGGUACAUCGCUCGUGUUACUGAUGGGGUGGAGGACGAAAUCGCACACACGCUCAAGGCAUUCCUAGAGAUCACGCAAAGCGACUGCGUUGGCAACGCAGAAGAGAAAAAAUGUUGCUGGUUUACAGUCCGCUCACAAAAGCCCACCGACGAAUUCCUCAUCCCAAGAUGGCACCGUGAUGGUCGCAUGUAUACAUACGACGAAGGACGAGAAGACGUUGUGAGAAGCAAGUACGCGCUCGUUAUACUUGGGCCUGCUACACUCAUGCUGGUGCCAGAUGAGCAAUCAUUCGCUUUUGAAAAGCAAGCGGUGUCGAAAUUUAAGUGGUGGUGGGAGGAUGAGGAUGCCCCUCAGCCCACGCCAGAAGAGAUGGAAGACGCGGAUUUGAAAUUGCGAAAGUGCCUCGAAAACGAAUUCAAAGAUUCUCCCAAAGUACAGGUUGGACAUGGCCAAGUCGUUCGAUUCAGUUGGGGAAGAGACAACAGCCCAAUUCAUUCAGAGCCACAUUUCGAUUGCGACAGGAUCUUCAUAAGUGUUUUGUAUGGCAGUGAACCGGAAUUGCGAUACAUGGCCGAUUUGAGGGAUACUGAGUACGGAAAGUACGAGGUCGAACUCUAA